AACCAAGUACUUAAUAGGUCUGUAUUAUUAUCUAUGGGAAUAGAUAACAUUUCGGUGAUAACAUCAAGGUCUAGCCAAAGAUAACACCGUUAUAAAUAUCAAUCUUACAGAUUCAUUGUGAGCAAUAUCAUCAAGCCAACCAUGAAGCCUGGAAUAGUUGCCGAUGAAAUGUUUCCCGAAGGAACUAGUGCUAUAAUGGACAUGGAUGAUGAAAGUGGAGGAAAUGUUGUAUUUGAAAUGAAUGAAAAAAAUCUUCAGGCCGAUUUUUAUAAUGAUUUUGAUGAUCUUAAUGAUGAUGAAGACUUUUAAAAUGAAAAGAAAUGUCAAUUCACAAAAAAUUGUAAUUUUUGUAAUAAAGUAAUUAUAAUUAUGGGUAUCCCGAAUAUUUAUCACUAUUACUUUUAUAUAUAAUA